AUCUCAUUUGAAGUCUUUAAUCUCAUCUUUCCAUUUUCAAGAAGACUUUUAAAUCUGUCUCUCUCUCUCUUCCUAUCUCUCUCUUUGUACAUACAUACAUAUAUGGCGACAGAAACAUCUUCUUUGAAGCUCUUCGGUAUAAACCUACUUGAAACGACGUCGGAUACAAACCGGUCGUCCGAACCAAGAUCCGGACCCGGAACUGGAUCCGAGUCACGUAAGUACGAGUGUCAGUAUUGUUGUAGAGAGUUUGCGAACUCUCAAGCUCUUGGUGGUCACCAAAACGCUCACAAGAAAGAGCGUCAGCUUCUUAAACGUGCACAGAUGUUAGCUACUCGCGGCUUGCCACGUCAUCAUAAUUUUCACCCUCAUACCAAUCCGCUUCUCUCCGCCUUCGCGCCGCUGCCUCACCUUCUCUCUCAGCCGCAUCCUCCGCCGCAUAUGAUGCUCUCUCCUUCUUCUUCGAGUUCUAAGUGGCUUUACGGUGAACACAUGUCGUCACAAAACGCCGUUGGGUACUUUCAUGGUGGAAGGGGACUUUAUGGAGGUGGGAUGGAGUCUAUGGCCGGAGGGGUUAAGGCUCACGGUGGUUCUUUGCCGGAGAUGAGGAGGUUCGCCGGAGAGAGUGAUCGGAGUAGCGGAGUCAAGUUAGAGAAUGGUAUUGGGCUGGACCUCCAUUUAAGUCUUGGGCCAUGAAUGAAUUUUAUUCUGGCCCAGUAAAAAUAUGUAAAAUAC